UCUGGUCACUCCAUUACGAAAAAGAAGAAAGGAAUUCCGAUAAUUACAAUUAAAUUAAAAUAAUUUAAAAAACAGGAACCACAGAGCAAAAAUGGAGGUGGAAAGCCCGGAACACACGCGCGACUUCGCCGAGGUGGACAUCAACAAUGGUGUGCCGUCGGGCUCUGAGGACGAGGAGGAGGAGGUUCCAGCGCCGGGCAGUGUGACACUGGAUCGGAAUGAAAGCGACCUAUUUGUGUCGGCUCUGAGUCCCUCCAGCAUCGGGGAUAUACAUCCGCUGCAGGAGGUGCUCACCGACGACGGAGACUUCUUCAUCAGCGUUGUGGUCUCGGACCCGCAGAAAAUCGGAGAUGGCAUGGGCUCCUAUUUGGCGUACAAGGUAACGACCAAGACGAACAUUCCCAAAUUCAAGCGCAGCGAGUUCAGCACAAUGCGUCGCUUCAGCGAUUUUCUGGGCAUCCAUGAUCUUUUGGUGGGCAAGUACAUGCGGCUGGGCCGCAUCAUUCCGCCGGCGCCCUCCAAGAACAUUAUCGGCAGCACCAAGGUAAAGAUCAGUCCGCAACAGAGCGAACCGGGUACGCCGGUUAAUCAGGAGUGGGUGGAGAUCCGCAGGGCGGCUCUCGAGCGGUUCGUACACCGCACCGCCCAGCAUCCGGUGCUGCGCGUCGACCUGGAUUUUAUGAACUUCCUGGAGAGCGACCAGGAGCUGCCGCGCUCGGUCAAUACAUCGGCUCUUAGCGGAGCCGGCGUGAUUCGGUUGUUCAACAAGGUGGGCGAGACGGUCAACAAGAUCACCUACAAGAUGGACGAGAACGACCCGUGGUUCGACGACAAGAUCACCGAGGUGGAGAGCCUAGACGCGAAUCUGCAAAAGCUGCAUAACGCCAUGAAGUCGCUGGUCACCUCGCGGCGAGAACUGUCGCUGCUGACGGGCCUGGUGGCCAAGUCGGCGGCCAUGCUGAGCACCUGCGAGGAGCACACCGGACUCUCGAGGGCGCUGUCCAACCUGGCGGACGUGGAAGAAAAGAUCGAGCUGCUGCGCUCCGAGCAGGCUAACUCAGACUUCUUUAUCCUGGCGGAGUUCAUCAAGGACUACCUGGGCUUGUUCGGUGCUAUUAAGUGCAUUUUCCACGAGCGCGUGAAGGCCUUUCAGAACUGGCAGUACGCACAGAUGCAGUUGUCCAAGCGGCGCGAGAACCGCGGUCGCUUUGAGCUGGCCAACAGGGCGGACAAGCUGGACCAGGCGCAGCAGGAAGUGGACGAGUGGCAGGGAAAGGUGCAACGCUGUCAGCAACAAUUCGACGACAUUUCUGCGGAAAUCAAGCGGGAAAUGGAGCGCUUCGAAUUGACCAGAGUUAAAGACUUUAAAGUAAACAUUAUCAAGUACAUAGAAGACCAAAUGGCGCAUCAGCAACAGAUCGUCAGCUACUGGGAGGCCUUUGCUCCGUUUGCCCGCGAAAUCGUUUAACUUAAUUUCCGAUUCUCGAUGCAUUUCCAGAAACUUUUGAAUAACCAACAGCUAAGCGCGCUAUGAACUCAUUCAGCGGGACCAAAUUCGUUCUUGAUCUACCGAUUUGGAGCUACAAUUUCGCCUUCAGCACUUAUAUUCGCCGCCGCAGCUCGUAUUUUUAUGAAACUGCUUUCGAUUCCUCUCAAGCAUAGAAAAGUUGAACUUUGUCGUUGCUUUCACAAAGCCAAUAUCUCUUUAUUCGUACACAGUAAUUAUUAUCAAGGCUUUUGAUACAUUCGCAGAAAGCUGAUUCUCAUUCUAAGCAAGUAUUUGGUAUUAUCUUAAACUCGGCAAUGUGGAUCUAAAAGUUAGAUGAAAGAGAAGCAGACUCAUUGGCCAUUUCAAAAUUGAAGUUUAUACCGUUAUAAUUGGGAAAUAGUUUUCCCAUUGGUAUAUUUAUGUAUUUAUAUAUAUAUAUAUUCCUAUUAAACAUUUUGUAUCAUGACAAAGAGAGCAUUUCAACAAAUAAAUUUGUAAAUAUGUAUA